CUUCAAUCUUCCUAGAAAUAUCAUGUCCUUGAUCCCUCGUCCUCGCCCUCGAGUUGUAGUCAAUGGAGUCCAGAUAAUGAGAACCUACCAUCAUUACUGGUGUCAACGAUGCCAAAGAUCAUUCAGGACAACUUCAACCAAUCCAUCUGAAAUAUUAUGCCCUCGCUGUUUCAGCCAAAUUCACUAUGAUCUUGAUGCUUCAAGACGUAGGCUAGUCCUUUCGGAUGUCACAAGGCUACAACCAUCUCCAAAUUCGCGCCUUCAUGAUGCCUUGGCUCUAAUUCUUAAUCCAUCAAUCAGGCUACAAAAUCUUGACCCUGGUGAUGAAUUUCAUCUACUUAGACAACGUGCUAGACUCGUUCUCCAAUUUAUAGACCCUCAUGAAAACAUACUUUCUCUACCAGCGAAUAAUAAUACUCCCCUAGGAUCAUCAAAUGAAAAUGGGGUGGAAGAGUUGAUUCAAGAAGUAACUAGAGACGAUAGGCUAGGGCCACCUCCAUCACCAUCUUCAGCAAUUGAUGCAUUGCCAAGAAUUGUGCUAACACCAAACCAUUUGGAAAAUGACUCUGUUUGUCCUGUUUGCAAAGAUGAGUUGGAAGUUGGGAUAGAUGUUACGGAGUUACCUUGCAAGCAUUUUUACCAUUCUGAAUGCAUUGUUCCAUGGCUGCAAAGCCAUAACACUUGUCCGGUUUGUCGAUAUCAGGUGCAAGGAUUCACUAACUGUGAUGUCCAACAAGGAUAUUAUUACACUAAUGAUAGGGAUCAUUUAAAUGAAGACGAAGAUGAAGAAGACAUAAGGAACCCUUUAAUAUGGGGUUUGAACAGGCUUAUGUCUUUGUGGCCUAUCAAUUUGCUAUCAAGUUGGAUACAAAGAUACUUCAAUAGCCCUCUUGACAAUACAACCUCUGAUUUUCAUGGAGGAAUACCAUGGUGGAAUUCAUGGCACCUCCUUUGACAAAAGAGGCUGCUGAUUAGAUUCUUCACAGAGUAGUUUGCUUUUUUCACUCUUUAAUUCAUUCACUAGGCAGGUAUGUUUCAACUCAUUUGAUCCUUAAGAAUGAGAAGUGAUCUGACAAUUGGAUCACAAGGCUAAAGCAGGUAUGCCACACAUCCACCCUUUAACAUCCCCAAACCCCUCAGGGUAGCCAACAAACAUGACUCCUAUUAUUGUUGCUGAUCCACAAGGUUCAUCACCAAGCUGAUGACCAAAUUUUAAAGUAUUUACCUUACAUACACUAACAGUAUAAAUAAUUCUUAUAAUACUAUCAAUGUAUUUUAACCUGCUAUAAUUAAUAAUCUGCCUGCCUAAUCAACAUUAUAAAUGUCCACGUGACUAAGCUCAUUUACUAUGGAUUGUAACCUGUAGAUAAUACACAUUGUCAUUGCGUAAAGGUAAAAUCAAGUUUGAAUAUUAAAAUAGAUGAGUUUCUAAUAUUAUGAGCAUCCCAAAUUAAGCUGUCAAGAAUGAAAAAUGUAUAGUAACACUAGUAAAUAUGACUGAACGCAUUGACGCUGAUGGAUUUUGAUUUCAAGAGCAGCAUUCUUUGAGAUCCUGGAAGCAUAUUCAGACAAAAUGACGGGGAAACAAAUACUACAUGAAAAGGAGAGAUAAAAGUAAGAAGAAUGAAGUGAUGAGGAAGCUUUGAUUUAUGUUCUUCAUGGUCAAGAGGAGUAAUGACUUGUCCGGAUAUAGAAAAGAAAAUUUUCAGUUGAAGAAUCCAUAUUACUGAAAUUGAAAGCUACUAAGAAUUAUGAUUAUGACCCGACCAGUCAGAACUUUAUAUGUUUUGGAUGAUAUUUUAUCAAACCAAUACCAAAAUGAGAAAAUCACAUUAAAGCUUUGAUCUUCAAAAUUGUGUGUAAUAUGGUGGUGCUGAGUAUUCAUAUUGGAUAUAUAGAAUACUUAAUCAGAAGACCAAUACAAUAAGCAGCAGAUGUACUCACUUUCAUUCGAGGAAAUGAGAUAUCUUGUCCUCUUACAAUUUGAA